AAUUUCUCCAGCAUCUCUUCCAGUUAAGAAAGUGAAGAAAUCGAUUUCCAAGGAAGCUCCUAGAUCUUGAUAGCUAGAAGAAGUUAUACUCAAGUAAGUGACUGAUACUUUCCACACGAUAUGUUAAAUAUUUAAUUGUAGUUAUGUCAUAAACUUAGGGCAUGUUUGAUUUGUGGAUUAGAAAUUGAUAGAAUAAAAGUAUUAUGAAUAAGUAAAAUGAGAUUACUUUCUUUGUUUAUAUUAAAGAAUAUGGAUGGAAUAGAAAAUAAUUUGCUGCUUUUAUACAAAAAUGUCUUUCAUUUAAUUUUUGUAAUAAAUAUAAAUUUUAUAUUUAAUUUCAAAAUUCAAAAAACUUAAAAAUUUUCAAACCAAUCAACGUUGAUCAAAGUCACAAACCCGCCACUUUCCAUCACACUGGCGGCGUCACUGUCAAUGUGUGAAUGAUUAAAGACAACUGAUCUAUCGAUCAAGGCAAAUCCUGACUAUCAAAGACGGGCAACGUGAGGUCACAUGCAAUUGUGGUGAUGGAGGACUAUCGAACCAUUAUGUCAGUCUUCGAUGGUGCAGAUCUGCCUAGAUCUGCAGAUCUCCGUCUCUGAUCUGAAGAAUUUGUAUCCUUCUUGAGUGCGUUUCUUUUCAGGAUAAGAGAGGGCGAUGGCUAAUCGUAUUGACAAUAUUGUUGAACGGCUAAAAGAUCUAACUUCAACACCUACUGGUCGCAAUAUAUUUAAAGUACCUGACCAUCUACGCUCCGUGAAUCCGAGUGCUUAUGAUCCAUUCAUAAUUGCAAUUGGCCCUUAUCACCGAGAUAAGGAAGACUUUUCGAUGAUGGAAGACCACAAAAUGCGGUUUAUGAAACACUUUCUCGAACGAAACAGUGAACGGGAAGAAGAAGUGAAAAAGUAUGUCGACGCCUUGAGGACUCUGGAAAAAGAAGCUCGUAAUCAUUAUGCAGAUGUUGCUGAAUGUAUAACAUCUGAUGAAUUUCUGUCAAUGAUGUUGCUUGAUGGUUGCUUUAUCGUUGAGCUACUUCGCAGGUUUAUGGAAAAGCUGAGGCCACGGACAGGCAGUAAUGAUAACCGAAAAAGAGGCACUUUAUUUUCCGGUUUGAUCAUCAAGAGAUUGGGCCGUGAUUUGUUAUUAGUUGAAAAUCAACUCCCCUUCUGUGUUCUUCAAAAGUUGUUUAGCAUGACUGCUAGAGAAGGGAACAGUAGUCUCGAGGAUAUGAUUUUGUGUUUCUUCUCUUAUUCUGUGUUUCCCGAUCCACGGCUCUCGAAAAGUUAUACUGAAAUCGCCAGGACAGAUUCAUCAGAAAACAAGCAUCUAUUAAGCUUUAUACGUGAUAAAUGGCUUCUACGCUGUCCUCGGAAAGUUAGUGGAGGGAAUGAUAGAGCAAAAGAAAUUUGUUGGGGGUCCAUAAGUUGCGGCAAUUAUUCGGGGUCCAUAAAUUGUAGCACUUGGCGGAUCAAACCUCCACCAUCUCAAAACAAUGGGAAGUUCAACAGCAACCGCAAUACAAAAAAUAUGAAGUUCAUGCGUUGCGCCACAGAGCUUAAGGAGGCAGGAAUCAAGUUUAGAAAAGGUAAGGAAGAUAGCUUGUUUGCUAUUAAGUUUAAAAAUGGAGUAAUGGAAAUCCCACGAUUAGAAAUUAGAGGAGAAACCGAGUCUAUCUUCCGAAAUCUCAUUGUCUAUGAGAAUUACUCUACAAAUGAAAAUGAGAUUAAUACUAAUAGUAGACAUGUCAUCAGUGAUUAUAUGAAAUUCAUGGACUGUCUCAUCGACUCUCAAAAUGAUGUGGAAUUACUUUGUCGGUGCAAUAUUCUCCAUAAUUGUUUGGGUGAUGAUAAAACAGUUGCCAACAUGUUCAAUAGUAUUGGUGAUUUUGUCACGCUUUCCCCUGACAAUUAUUUCUUCGAUAUAUUCAUCAAGGUGAACGAGCAUUGUGGCCAAAAGCGUCACAAAUGGAUAGCACACUUAAAGCACAGGUAUUUUUACAGUCCAUGGGCUUUCAUUUCCUUCUUUGCUGCUGUUUUGUUGCUUCUGUUUACCUUGACUCAAACUGUGUAUUCUGUUCUCACUUAUCACUAUAAAGAGUAAUGCUAUAUGUACUAACUAAAUUGUAAUAAUUCAAGUAAUAACAAUUGAAAUUUUAAAUUUUUUUUUCCAGUUUUUGGGGGGAAUUGACGUGCCAAUAAAAUAAGUCUGUCACGUUAGUUAGUACUUAGGUUGUAUGGUUUUUGGUUAGUGCAUAUAGCAUUAUUCUACUAUAAAUAAAUGGCGAGUUCUCCAAAUAUUGAGGUCCUCUAAGCAACGGUAAUGUUAGUGUCUGCUU